ACUUUGAAAAUAUGUAUGUACACAACACAAACAUGUUUUGGAAAGUGUGAGCUGUUGCAUAUACAGACUUGGCAGGAGUCUUUAGUAGACAGGAGUCUUCCUUUCCUAUUGUUCUGGUUGUCUAAAAAAAAUCAUAUUUCUGUGUUUGUUACCUUUCCACAGGUCUUUCGUUUACUAGGGGGGUUCAAAAGCCAAAAACAGGUGACCAGAAGUUUUGGUAGUGCUAAUCAGACGGUAACUUUGAUCCCAGGAGAUGGCAUUGGACCAGAAAUUUCUGCUGCUGUCGUGGAGAUUUUUGGAGCUGCUAAGGCACCUGUUCAGUUCGAAGAGAGAAAUGUGACGGCAAUCCAAGGGCCAGGAGGAAAGUGGACAAUCCCCCACGAUGCCAAAGAAUCUAUGGACAAGAACAAGAUCGGGCUGAAAGGUCCUUUGAAAACUCCCAUAGCAGCUGGCCACCCGUCAAUGAAUCUGCUGCUUCGUAAAACAUUUGACCUUUACGCCAAUGUCCGCCCUUGUGUGUCGAUCGAAGGCUACAAAACCCCUUACACAGAUGUUGACAUUGUCACAAUACGAGAGAACACGGAAGGCGAAUACAGCGGAAUUGAGCAUGUGAUUGUUGAUGGCGUCGUGCAGAGUAUCAAACUCAUCACAGAAGAUGCAAGCAAACGUAUUGCUGACUUUGCUUUUGAGUAUGCCAGAAACAAUCAAAGAAGCAAAGUUACGGCUGUGCAUAAAGCAAACAUUAUGCGAAUGUCUGACGGACUGUUCCUGAAAAAAUGCAGGGAAGCAGCAGAAAACUGUAAAGAUAUCAAGUUUAACGAAAUGUAUCUCGACACUGUGUGUCUGAAUAUGGUGCAGGAUCCGUCACAGUUCGAUGUCCUUGUCAUGCCAAACUUGUACGGCGACAUCCUUAGUGAUCUGUGUGCAGGGUUGAUUGGGGGCCUCGGAGUAACGCCAAGCGGGAACAUUGGCGCUAACGGAGUGGCGAUCUUUGAAUCGGUUCACGGGACAGCUCCGGACAUAGCUGGGAAAGACUUGGCGAAUCCAACGGCGCUUCUCUUGAGUGCGGUGAUGAUGCUGCGUCACAUGGGGAUGCAGGAAUAUGCCACCAAAAUAGAAGAUGCAUGCUUCGCCACGAUCAAAGAUGGGAAGGUCUUGACCAAGGAUUUGGGAGGCAAUGCAAAGUGCUCGGAGUUCACAGCAGAAAUCUGCCGCAGAGUGAGGGACACGCAAUAAGGUGUCUUCCUAUCUUACUGGUUUCGGUUGUUCCUGAUGGAUGCUGUUAAAGUGCUUUAGCCGUCUGCAGUUUUUAUCCAUUCCCUAGAGGAAAGCAAACUUUUAGGCAGGGGGCAUCCUGGUUAAUAAAUCCAGCGCAAAUGGAUGCAAUUAUUCCUGUGCCUGCUUUUGGUGGACUUUUUCCAAGUGCUUGCUCUGUUUAUUUAUUACAUUGCACAAUUUUUUGCAGAAAUAAAUUCCUUUUAACAGAUGAUGGUCAACCAUCAUCCAUUAUGAGCCAUCCUACUUUCUGGAAACAUUUGAUUUUAACUUUCCCAGAUGUAUGGUUUUUAUCACAACAACUUUAAAAAGGAGGCUCUCUAUUCUAGCUUUCUGUUACCUAUAAGGAACGCAGAAGCUUUUCUACGUUCAGAAAGCACAAGAUAUUUUUGUAAAGCAAAAAGACUUCUAUUAAACUGGCUAGACAAUUUGCCACAAGGAAGUUCUUUUCCUCUGCUCCUGGCACCUGAAACUUGUCCUUCAAAAGCUUGAAUAAAUACUUGAAACUGUGGAAAAACUUUAAAAAGUUUCAAUUAUUGUCUAUAAAUUGCAAGAUGUACUAUCUUUGGGGGUUGAAGGGACACUAUUAAAACUUGGCCACACAUCCGAAUAAACCACGGUUUGUCUACACAUCACCUUUCACCUCCUCUGGCUUCUUCAAUGAAAGUUAGUUGAUGCAAAUUGAUUUUUGUCUUCUGCAGAUUUGGACGCAGCUUAUCUGUUUAUUAGAUAGACAUCAAAUAUAUAAUUUGCCAUUACUGCUGUAUCGGAAGGCCUUUUCUAUUAUGCUCAAGUUUAUGUAAUAUAAUAAUCUUUAGUUUCUGUUUAAAUAUUGCUAUUCGGUAAUUAAUGGAUCUCCAGCCAUUCAAAUGGAAGGUGAAUGAGAUUGUGUUGGCAACUCAGGCCAGAUGUGAUGAGAGGCUCUCGACUCCCGCUGAAACCAGCAGUCUUGCGUCUCUUUCUCUCCCAGUGACCUUGUGUAAUACCAAACACAAACCUUGUGUAAUACUUGUUUGUGUAUUACACAAACCUUGUGUAAAACCAAACACCAUCCAUCUGCUACUCCUCAAGCAGCACUGGAUGAAGCAGAAGCAGGGACAGGGUAGUACACAACACACCCUGUGCGUUGUGUUAGUUGGUGUCACUGGGUAGGAACGGAGGGAAGCGAGAGAUGCUGUUGGAGGCACCGGAAUAUCCCCCAUCCUGUCUACUUGCAGCCCUUAAUAACAGGAAAUGUUGGGAUGUCGAGGCUUUACCAGAAAGGCGCUGAAAGCCACGAUUUUUCCCCACUCUGAUGUUUUAGGCAUACGAGGCACAAGCUUCCUGAACUUCUUGGGAAAAUUCCACACCUAGAUUCUCUCCAUGGCGAGGGAUAAACUCCUGACCCACACGCAAGGGCCGAUAGGAGCAGCAUGCCUGGCCCUGCCCGUCUCGCUUACCGUUUCAGACACAGCAAGUCUAAGUCUUUCGGGAGAGCUUCGACUUGCCCCUACGGUUCCCCAUUCAUUGUGCAAGCCACUAGAAGCAGUGGCGCGGCAACGACAUUUGGGCAGCUAAGUCUUUUGUUUGUGUUCGCUUCUGCACUCAGAGGCAUUUCGUACUGUAAGGGUAACUCUCAUAUGCCAAAAUAGGGGCUUCUUGGCGAACUUGGGAACAGUGCUCUCGCUUAACGUAACGUUUUGGUUUUUGUUUUAUUUACUGCUGCUGCUGCUUCUGUCUGUGUCUUGGAUUGUACUUAAGCAAACAGAGGUACCGUUUGUGCAAAAAGCAAGGACGAAUAAAGAUCUGCCAAAGGCA